UUACCCUUCCAUCCUUUUAGAAACGAAAGCAAGACUAAGACACGUGAACGAACACAAUGAAAGCCUUGUGUUUUUUAAUAGUUUCAUUGCUGUUUUCUAAGAUAGCAUUUACGUCAGGUUAUAUGGAAUUCAUUAUGGGCGCUUCUGCUUCUGUUGCUACUAUGAUUGUUGUGCAUUAUUUGAGAACAUUUGAAGGGGAUAAUUUAUUGACUUUCGAUCCUAAACGUUUGAAGAAAGAUUUACAUGAGAAUCUCUAUGGGCAGCACAUCGUGUCAGAGGUGGUACUGAAAUCUGUAUCAGCAUUUUUGAAGGACAGUAACCCUAACAAACCCCUGGUCCUGUCUUUCCACGGGCUCACGGGAGUUGGAAAAAACCAUGUCGCUAAAAUCAUCGCAAGAAACAUUUACGAGAAAGGAGACGAGAGCAAACAUGUUAUCACAUUUAUAUCUGAGCAUCAUUUCCCGCAUAAAGACAAGGUCGACAUAUACAGUGCACAACUAAAGCAGUGGAUUCAUGGAAAUGUAUCAAGUUUUCCUCGGUCCAUGUUUAUAUUUGAUGAAAUGGACAAGAUGAAUCCGCAGUUGGUCGAAACCAUAAGACCCUUUCUGGACUAUAUGGCACUUGUAAAUGGAGUGUCAUACCACAAAGCAAUCUUCAUUUUUCUCAGCAAUGCAGGUGGGAAUGUGAUUGCAAACAUGGUUCUGGAUUUCUAUAAAGACGGUAAAGACAGAGAAGAACUUCAGAUAAACAGCAAGGGAAUGGAGACUGAAAUCCUUCAACAUGUCUUCAAUGAUAAGAGCAGUGGAUUUUGGCGCUCUCAUCUAAUAGUUCAUCACCUGGUGGAUCACUUUAUUCCUUUCCUACCUCUGGAAAUGAGGCAUGUACGUCAAUGUGUUCUGGCUGAAAUGGACAAUUUGAACAUCCCUCAAUACACUGAUCUUGUAGAUACAGUGGCCAGAGAGAUGCCCUUCUUCCCUCCAGAGGACAAAAUCUUUUCUGUUAAAGGCUGCAAGGCAGUCAGACAGAAGCUGAUUCUGUCUUUUAAUCAAUAGAUGAAAGAGACUUUACUUAUACAUGAGCCAGUCCCUGGAAGACACUUUUACACAAUAUUUUAUUCCCAGUUGAGUGACUGUCAUUUUGU